UCAGGACCGUCUGCUGCUGCAGCUGGAGGGCGAGGAGGAGGAGCUGGGAUCUGUAACUCCGGGACAGCGCGAUUACAUCUGUUCGUUAAUUAAUCCCAAACCGAUCGAUGUGAUUUAGAUCGACUCUGCGCGGAUUAUCGAUGCGCACGGUUUGACGCCCCAACACUCGCAGUGACUCUGGAAAUCCGAUCUGAGUUUGGACGGACCGGACCCCCGUCGCGCUCGUGAGCGAUCGCCGACAUGUUUGUGAGAACGAGGGCCGUCGUGCUGCUGCUGUGCCUCCUGGCGGAAGCCGGGGCCUCAAGGUCGGCCCGCGACUCCCAGAGCGUCCCCGACCCCCUGGAGCCCCCGGAGGGUAACGCGUCCAUCCAGCUCCCGGCGCCGCAGCCGGACCGUCCGCGGAGGCCGUUCCCGCCCAUGUGCGUCAAGCCGACGGAGAUCAGACACGCCUUCAAGUACGUGAACACCAUCAUUUCCUGCCUGAUCUUCGUGGUGGGGAUCAUCGGCAACUCGACGCUGCUCAGGAUCAUCUACAGGAACAAAUGCAUGAGGAACGGACCCAACGUGCUGAUUGGCAGCCUGGCACUCGGAGACCUGCUGUACAUCAUCAUCGCCAUCCCCAUCAACGUGUACAAGCUAAUAGCCGAGGACUGGCCGUUCGGCGUGCACGUCUGUAAGCUGAUCCCGUUCAUCCAGAAAGCCUCGGUGGGAAUCACCGUCCUCAGCCUGUGUGCUCUCAGCAUUGACCGCUACCACGCCGUGAUCUCGUGGAGCCGGGUGAAGGGCAUGGGGAUCCCCCUGUGGAAGGCCAUGGAGGUGACCCUGAUCUGGAUGGUUGCUGUGGUGCUGGCCGUCCCCGAGGCUGUGGCGUUCGACAUGAUAGAGAUGUCGUACAGAGGCAACAAGCUGCGCAUCUGCCUGCUGCACCCGGAGCAGGCCACCAGCUUCAUGAAGCUGUACCAGGAAGCUAAAGAUUGGUGGUUGUUUGGCUUCUACUUCUGCCUCCCUCUGGCCUGCACGGGGGUCUUCUACACGCUCAUGUCCUGCGAGAUGCUCAGUCGCAAGAAAGGCAUGCGGAUCGCGCUCAACGACCACAUGAAACAGCGAAGGGAAGUGGCGAAGACGGUGUUCUGCCUGGUGCUGAUCUUCGCGUUCUGCUGGCUGCCGCUCCACCUCAGCCGCAUUCUGAAGAAAACCGUCUACGACGAAAACGACCCCAACCGCUGCGAGCUGCUCAGCUUCCUGCUGGUGAUGGAUUACAUCGGGAUCAACAUGGCCUCUCUAAACUCCUGCAUUAACCCGAUUGCCCUCUACUUUGUCAGCCAGAAGUUUAAAAAUUGUUUCCAGUCCUGCCUGUGCUGCUGGUGCUACAGGACGUCUCCUCUGGACGACCGCUGCUCCGGAGGACGCUGGAAGGGAUCUUGCCAUGGCAACGGACUGGACCGCACCAGCUCCCGCUCCAGUCAGAAGUACACAAGCUCUUCAUAGACACGCACAAACGCUCUCUCUCUCUCUCUCCACGCUCUCCAACCAAUCCAACCAAACCGGACCGAUAUUCCCCAUCUGCUUUCCCACCCGGAGAAACAGCUGUGUCACUGCCAACACGCACACCAUCACUUUGGAGUCAGGAGUGGGACACGGAGGAGCCAGGCGGAAGGGUUUUUGUUUCGUUUUUCUUCUGCAGACUGAAAGACUCGGCGAUCAACCCAAAGCUGGAGGAUGAAACUGCAGGACUGUCACCUGUUCAGGCCACCAACCGAUGCUACGUGAAUGUGUUCGAGGAAAGUAAGCCUCUCAGUGAGCCAGGUUGAGUAGAGUUAGGUCAAGCCACUUGUAAAUGUGUGUACAGGGUUAUUAUUUACAUGUCGAACACAGACUUUAGCCCAUGUUUAGCUGCAGUGCUUGGAGUAUGAAUGAGCGCUGAGCCAUCAGCCCUUCUGGUGACGCUGUAAUACCUCGUAGGGGAAACCGUGACGCAGAGUCAUUUGAGACUCAAAGGACCGGAGCCUUUGAGAGACUCCGCACCUCCGAGGCACCGCCGCCGCCGCUGAGACAUCAAAGACCAGAGUGCUGGCAAAAGACGCAGUCCGCCCUCAAAGUUCGCGGAAUCUCCCGGCAAGAAAAAGAGAGAAAAAUAAACGGGGGCCCUUACUGUGAAUCUCCCAGUCAUGUGGAGACUGGCUCAGCAGAAAUCCUUCUUAUCUCCGCUUUCAGUCACAAGAAGGGCUGCUGUCGUCCAGGAGAAAAACACCAUAUGAUCCUUAUCAUGUGUCGCGUGUGACAAUGUAGCUUCUAUUUUUCUGUGAAUGUAGCACAAGGAACAUGAACGGCUUGUGUGAGCCCCCCGCCCAGCGAGGCGUCUGCUUCGCCUGCUGCAAGCCUUUCACCUCAGACGCAAAGACAUGCCUGUUGCUGGAACUCCACUUGUUAUUAUGUUGCGCUAUUUAAAAGAUUUAAGAAAUGAUCGUGUAUACAGCUGACUGGACGUUUUAGGAGAUUCUUGAACUGCAUUACGGUCAUAAAAGCACCAAAUAUUUUCCCACUGUCCCCCUCACAGCAGGGGGAUUCUGGGAAAACUUUGGCUUCUUUUUUGUUUUUUUUCUAAGACAUGAUUGCUGACUUUGUCAUCCAUUUUUGAAUCUGGGUGUCUGUCAUUUACAUGGUUGAAACCAGGUCUUUGGAGAUGGUGUUUAUUAUUGCCUCAACUGUUUAUUUUUUAUUUCUCACAUUAAACAGGAUUCAACAUUUUCUGUUUUAAGUCAGUUAAGAUAACCAAAAUGAUUUCUAUCUGAUAAAUGCCAAAACUUUUAAGGAUUUUUUUUUGUAUUUUUUUUUGUACUUUCCUCAAACUUGGACGUUUACAUACAUUUCUUCACUUCAAAACUUUGACUUUGUCUGUUUGACUAGUUAAAAGUGAAAUAAUCUGCCAGUAGAACAUGACAUUUUUCCAUGUUAUAAGUAGAAAUCUCUUGUUCCAUUGGCAGAUUAUUUCACUCAAAACUAGCACUUUUGUAUCAAUAUUAAUAUAAAUAUGACUUAUAUGACUUAAAAUAAGCUUCCAUGUCUUGCUGAAAAGUUACUUGUGUGUUGGUUUUGUGUUCUUGAACUUGCACUGAGAUAUUUGCUCUAGAAACCGGACCGCAAAUACUUGGUGACAUUUGGUGUUUUUGUGGUGAGAACGUCUCAAGUCAUUUAAAAAAAACUAACAGAAAUAUUAUUUUAGUAUUGAGGGAACAGAAAGAUUUUGGGAAAUCCAAACUGACAUCAAACAGGAAAUAUUUAAUCAUCAGACAUUAAAAAAAUGCAAUGUCUCUUCGUUUGGGUUCUAAAUAUUUGGUUUCAUUGAAAACAUUAAUCAAGUUGUUUUGUUGUUUUUUGUCCAUUUCUUCAUAAACAUUUUAUCACUUUGUUUCUAAGAAACUUAUGAAAUUAUGCAUUUAAUGACACUUUUGGUUUGUUUUAUAAAUAGAGCUGAUAUAUUUCCAUGUUCAUUGUUGGACAUGUUUUCUUUACCCUUCAGAAAGUCUUUUUAUUUUUUACAUCAUAGUUAAAUCAGUAGCUGACGCAGAAUGUGAUUCAUGAAACUUUUUAUAUUUGCUUUUAGCCUCAUGAAUGAAAGCCUGUGAAGCUUUUGCUACUCUAGCAAAGCUCAGAGUAGCUUUGCUACUGAAUGAUUGGUUGGACAUACAAACAUAUGUGAAUACUGUAAAGGGCUUGGUCAUUUAAAUACAUUCAUACAUUACUAUUUUGUUAAGGGUAUACAUUAAUAAAUAGUAUUUUAUACUGUG